GGGCAAUCUGACUGGCUACCACUGGCCGAUCCCGCAGGCGGUGAGACGAUGAGACGAUGAAUCAGAUCGGUGUCGGACGGGUCCAAUCGUCCAUCAAGAUGUCGCCAUUAAAAAAAACGGCGUCCCCUCGUGAACUUUUUUUCUGCCCCCCUUCAAAAACGAUCUUAAUUAUGUCUCAUUGUUGCAUGUCUGAAUAAUCUUACGAUCACUACUCUUGCUAUGACCAAUAAUUUCUGAUUUGCUAAUUUUUCUUCCCUCUUUCUUUGCAAGGGCGCCGGUCAGCCAAUUCAUCGGCGAUCUAAAACACCCUCCCUCCACAUCAUUAAUUACUCAUUUGUUUCUCCUCACCCCCCUCCAACCGCCACCAUGACUUCUGGAUCUCCUCCCCCAGGGCCCAAGCCUAAGUCUGCUGUUCCUCCUCGUCUGUUGAACGGGAGCUCUUCGCUCAAUUCUACCAUGAACUCUCGUGGCGCUCGCGAAAGAGAGAGUCUCAACUCAUCCAUUCGCUCCUCAUUUGCCCCCCGCAUCCCGGCAGAGUUCGACUUGCCCGAGACGGUGGUGCACCCUAUCAACGAGUCUGCAAACGAUGCAGACGGCUCUAUUUCUGGCCAUGGCGCUAUGAAACCACCCUCGAACGACCCGCCCCGUGAUCCGAGAGAUGACACUCGGGCGUUGACCCCACCAUCGACGGCUAGUCGUCCGGCAAGUCCAUACACUCUAUAUCCUCCAAUUGAUUUUGAUGGACUGAGCUGGCCCUGCCCCGGCACAAGGGCGCGGUUGGAGUCAUCACCCGAGGAAUCAGAAGAACGGGUUAAAAAACUGGCAGGAGCAGUGAGAACAAUUCUAGAGUGCAUCGGAGAGGACCCAGAAAGAGAAGGUUUGCGGGAAACUCCAGAGAGAUACGCGAAAGCCAUGCUCUACUUCACCAAAGGCUACGAGGAGAACGUCCGAGAUCUAGUCAAUGGCGCAGUUUUCCACGAGGACCACGAUGAGUUAGUUAUCGUCAAGGAUAUUGAGGUCUUUUCCCUAUGUGAACACCAUAUGGUCCCUUUUAUGGGCAAGAUGCAUAUCGGCUAUAUUCCAGAUCGCCGGGUGCUUGGCCUUUCUAAAUUGGCUCGCCUGGCGGAAAUGUUUUCCCGAAGACUCCAGGUGCAGGAGCGUCUUACGAAACAAGUUGCGCUCGCUAUAUCGGAGGUCUUGAAGCCAUUAGGUGUCGGUGUCGUCAUGGAGUCCUCGCACCUGUGUAUGGUGAUGCGUGGUGUGCAGAAAACAAGUAGCACCACCACAACAAGCUGCAUGCUGGGAUGUAUGCGGUCUAGUGCAAAGACCAGAGAGGAGUUUUUGACCCUCUUGCACCGGAGAUAAUGUCUUUAACAUUUUCUGUGAUACAUACUUGUUACCCCCUUUUUAACAGUGGAUGGUAUUCAUGAUUUCAAUGGAGUUCGGGGCGGUUUACCUCUCAACAGGUUGUUUGGGUUUGGCGGUUUUGGUUUUUUGCCACGUCAUAUAUUUGGCACAUCACUUGUUGGUUCUCUCUCUUUUCUUAACUUCUAAAUACUACAUGUACACAUCUUGGAUUUCUCUCUUUCGCUGCAAUAGAACAUUGCGAAACUUGUCAUAUUACCUGUGGUGUGGGGGGGAUUUUUGGGAAGCUACAUAUAGGGGUGGUAGAAACAAGAAAUAAUAAGAAGCAUGAAGGGAAAUAGCUUUUCAUGAUAGGUUUCAGCUCAACCAUUGACCAUUCAAUUAUACUAU